GUUGAGAGGAUAAGAUAGUUGUGGCAUUAGAAUAAACAAGGUGAGUCCUAGUAUAGCAGUGUACAGGUUUGAAACAUACAACAACCAAACAUUGGCAUUACCAUCUUUCUUAAGAGCUUCAGGAAAUACAGCUGAGACCAAGAAGAAUUAUGGAUGUAGUAAACUCUUGGGGGACUGCUGCCCUUGUGGCAUUCAUAACUUGUCUGUGGAUAUUUUAUUGUUACUUGAAGGCACCUUUUGAUUAUUGGCAAAAACGAGGAGUUCCUUAUGUCAAACCAUCUAUAAUUUUUGGGAACAUUAAAAACCAGAUUCUACAGAAGAAGAGCUUACAACACGACAUAGACGAUAUUUAUAAAGCGUUAGAAGGCCAGAGGUUCGGAGGAUAUUACGAAUUUAGAACACCAGUCAUUAUGAUUCGGGAUCCAAAGCUCAUUGAGAAAAUUCUGAUCAAGGAUUUCUCAUACUUUCAAGAUAGGGAUUUUGGCCUAUCAAUUGACCUAGAAAAAGAACCAUUGUCUGGAAAUUUAUUUAACAUGAAAGGUCAAUUAUGGAAAAACUUGCGGAAUAAACUGACACCCACCUUUACUACAGGGAAACUUAAAGGAAUGAUGGAACAAAUGUGUAACUCCGGAGAUGAACUUAUAGAGGAUAUCAGAGAAAGACUAAAAACUGAUACUUCACUCAAUGCUAAAAUCAUAGGAACCACAUUUACAAUCGAUGUUACUUCAAGUGUGUCUUUUGGGCUGCAAUUCAAAGCAAACAGUCCAGAAGGUAUCAAAUUUCGUCAAAUAGUGGAUAAAAUCUUUGCACCCUCCUUAAAAACUAUGGUACGAAAUAUAAUUGUAAUUUACAUAAAAGGGCUAGCUAAACUUUUAAGAUUGCGUCAGACCCCUAUAGAUGUAAACAACUACAUGAUCAGCUUAGUGAAAGCCACUAUGGAAUUUCGAAAAAAGCACAAUAUUCAUAGAAAUGAUUUUCUGCAACUAAUGAUGAACUUGAAGGAACAAGAGCGGACAGGAAAACAGAUGAACUGGAAGGGGGAAUUAAGUGAAGAAGAUGCUUAUUUAAACCAUAUGGACUUCUCCAUCAGUGAGGAGAACAAAGAGGUCCAAACACAAGUUAUCACCGAUGAGUGUAUAGCAGCACAGUCAUUUGUGUUUCUAACGGGAGGAACAGAAGCAGUGGCUAACUCCAUACAGUUCACAAUGUUUGAGCUUGCUUGCAACCCUGAAGUGCAAUCAAAACUGCAACUAGAAAUAGACCAAGUGAUGGCAAAGUACGGAGGGAAACUCACGUACGACGGACUGAAAGAAAUGACCUACCUGGAUCUUAUAACUCAGGAAAGAUUGCGUAAAUAUUCUGACGGAGCUUUUGUGUUAAGAGUCUGCAAUGCUAACUACCAUAUCCCGGACUCAAAUGUGGUGAUAGAGAAAGGGACUAAAGUCAUGAUACCAACGUACUCAAUCCACAAUGACCCCCAAUACUACCCGGAACCAGAGAAGUUUAUUCCAGAACGUUUUGAAGGAAACAACCAUCGCAUUUCAGGCACAUAUCAUCCUUUCGGUGAUGGUCCUAGAGUUUGUAUAGCUAUGAGGUUUGUCCUUCUGGAAUUGAAGGUGGCGAUUGCAAAGUUGAUGUCUGAAUUCACUGUGAGCCUCGACCCAAAGACCAAAGUCCCACUCAAGUUUCACCCUACAUCUUUUGUAUUGGCUCCAAUUGGAGGAAUUUGGGUCAAAUUUCAGGAAAGAACAAAGAAUGCCUAGCUAAAAAUAUUUCUCUUUAAGCUACAUAUAAAUAGAUAAACUAUUAAUUUUCUAUCUAUCUGAAGGAGACUUCUUUCCCAAUUGUGUGAAUUGACUGGCAUGGCUUUGCCAAAACAAAUUAACAUUGAUGUAAUAAACACACUAAAUAAAAAUGUUUUUAGAUUUA